AACAACCUAUUCUUUUUACAAUGUCUCAAAAUGUUACCAGCAUGACGACAAGCAACAUACAAGAUUAUCCUUAUUUUACGUAUUCUUUAGAACAAGAGAAAAGAAAAGGUUUAACAGAGCCAUGUAAUCACUGCCAAAAGGCAAGACUCACUUGUGAUGGAGCUCGACCAUGUCAAGGAUGUAUCAAACGUGACCUUAGCACAACAUGUUCAGAUAUAACAAGGAAGAGAUUGAAGUCCAAUCAUUAUUCUCCACAAGACGACCAGCUAUCAUUGUUUGCCACUCCAACCAUGUUACCUUUUACGCCUGCAGAUCAGCCAAUAGAUUUUCCUCAAAUAGAAACCACUACGACUUCUCUGAGUCAUUUUAUGGAUAAUUGUGCACUUUUUAAUUUCUCCUUGACCGAUUUAGGCUUUGGCUCGGAAACUGCUGGUUUAGAAUAUGGUGUUCUUGGUAAUAUGACAGAUAAACAACAGGACUGCUUUCAACCUACAACUCCCUUUUCACCUAUUUUCACUUCUUCAUUUCAUUCUUCACCUGUUACUCCUAGCUCAACUACGUCUCAACAACAACAACAACAACAAGUGCAAUAUUCACCCUCUCCUGUUCAACAGUCCUCUGCUCAAACACCGUCAUCGACAACAACAAAGCAGCCAACAAAAAGAAAAAGUCGUAGUCCAGAAAGUGUAUAUAACAGUGUUCAAAAGCCAUUUAAUUAUGCCGAGGGAUUUCACUAUCUUAUUCAAUAUGUGACAGAAAAGAUGAGUAGAGAUGACCUAAAAAGGAUUAGUCGGGCUCUCUCCUUAUUCAGGCCGUCUUUUCUAUCACUGAUCAUGAAUUUAACAGAAGAAGACUUGGUGUUUAUGGAAAAGUGUAUACAACGAACACUAUUGGAAUACGAAAAGCUGAUCAGUUUCUCAGGAACACCGACUGUCGUGUGGAGAAGAACAGGCGAAGUAUGCCUCGUUGGUAAAGAGUUCUCUUUACUAACUCAAUGGACAAAAGACAUGUUAUUGAAUAAAAAGACGUACAUCUAUGAGUUGAUGGAGAAUCAGUCAGCUGUAGAAUACUGGGAAAAGUUUUCAAGCCAUGCUUUUGACAAUACUGACAAAGCAUGCAGUUACUCAUGUAUAUUAAGAACACCGCAGAAAAAACCUGUACCCUGUACAUUUUGCUUUACCAUUAAACGUGACAUUUUUGAUCUACCAAGCGUCAUUGUCGGAAAUUUCUUACCCAUUCUUAGUUAAUAUUUAUACAUGUGAUACCUUGAUAUUCCCUCGCUUUCAAUUUAACUCUAUUUCCAAUAAAUACCUUUUUUUCCCGCAUCGUUUUGAGUAAAAUUAGAGUUGCAUUCACUCAAGUCAGG